AUGGAGCUGUUCACCUUGCUUUCGCUUGUGAACAACAGAGCUUUAAUCCAGCUCGUGAGAUCACCGACGGGAAUUCAGCCGUCGCAGACUGAUGGUGAACAUUGCACUUUCUAUCCAGAAUGGGUAUUCCGGUUAACGCGGGCUCGGAUGUCGAACGAUAUUGCAGCAGUCGAGACUGAAGUCACAUGGGGAGAGGUUCUUGGAUUUCCAAACGAUCCGUGGAAGUAUUCACGUGAUUUUCGUGAUACAGCUCUGAAAUUAAACGCAAUGCGGGUGGAAGAGACAAGAAAAGCGUGUGAACGUAGCAAGUCGUCGGUGUACUGGGAUUACAGAUUUCAAGGUUCCCAUGUUGAUUGCAGACAGCAACCUGCCAAAUCAGCGGAUUCUUCGGACUCAAUUUGGAGCGAAUUCGGGAGACUAUUUGAUGUUAUCCUUCCUCCUAUUGCGCGGCUGUAUCUAACUGGACAUUUCGGCUCGCUGAAUAGCACAAGAAGACCAGUCAGCGAAUCAUGCGACGUCCUAGCCGCGAUCCGGAAUUGGGCUCAUCCCGUUGCUGUCCCAACGUUGACGAAGGCAUUCGCAGCAACGGCAAUAUCAGACUUGUCGAUUGACCUCGAAGGGGCGAGCAUGACUUCGCUUCAAACCACAGUGAAUAUUGGGUUCUGUUUGAACACGUUACUGUGCCGUAGCUCGGUGCGUCUUACGGAUCAAAACGACAACCAACUUGUUCACGAUAUCGGUCCUGUAAGUUUUGGGAAACUGGAUUUGUGGGGUUUUGGGAUAUGCGAUCGGAUGUUCGCGGCAAUGUGCUCGGCAGCCGCGGAGUUGUCUGCCGAGGCUCAUCUUGAUAACAUGGACAUGCACUUAGAAGGCUCCGGACGAUGGUCAUGGUUGAUUUACGCGGUCUGCUGUGGAGGAUCCGAAGUGGAGAUACCUUCGGUCGAGGUUUGUUGGGGCACGUUGACGAGGUUCGACAUCCGAGCCAUCACCGCAGUACUGCACACCAACUAUCCUCAGCCAAUCUUGGGAACAUCCCAAAAUGGCCGCCACCAGUUCGGAUUUGUCGACAUUCUAGAAGGAGCCGAGCUGCGCCUCCGCGAAGUAAAUGGUGGUGAUGAGUGUGUUGUUGUUGUGUCGAAAGCAUGCCGCUGCCGAGCGCUUUAUGACCCAACUGAAGGCGAAUUGGUGAAUGUUAUCGUUCCUGGAUAUGGUGCUUGUAAGGCAAAACUUGGGGCCAGUUCUCGAUUCACUCCCGAUUGUAGGAAAUCAAACUUCCCAAGAAAGCGGUUAACCGGUUCGUUUGCGAUUCGAAAUACUACGAUCGAGAGCCCUGCGGUGCUGAUGGAUCUGCUUGCCUUGGUUACUAGCGGUCUCCGUUCGUUAUUGCUACGCGCCAGAACCCCGACUCAAUUGGAUCUGAGUUUGCUCUGCAUCGCAUGCCCAGAUCUGCAAGAGUUGUUCACCAGAAACUUUAAUGUGAAGGUGGCUGUCCAGGAUGAAUCACUGGGUCGCUGGCCCAUCAAAAGGAUAGACUUUAUGGAUUGUACAGGUACGCUAGCCGACUUGACGAGUUGUUUGAGGAACAAAUCACUGCGAUUGGCUCGGGAACUUGUGCAUCUUCAAGUUAGGCCACCACGACGUUUAACGUAUGACGACGCAGCAGCGAGCGAAUUGAUGGCCCAUGACGGUGAGAUCUUGCCAGUCACAAAAGACAAGCUUCCUGCCCAGUCAAAGGCUGCCAUGAUCAGCGUCGUCACAAGCACAUGCGAAGCCUUGAGACCGAUUCACCGUCUUGAUGCGUACAUUCUGAGCCUCGUUUUCGUAUUCGCGUCAACUCCGGGACAGCGGGCGGUAAUUUGCUCGUAG